UCAAAGCCGGUAUAGAGUUAUAUAUAAAUCUUACAUCGAUUCCCAUUGAAUUUUUGGGGGAAAAUGUCUCCACUCAAUCCGCAUUAGUUAUUGCAUCAUCCACGUUAAAGCUCCAUACACUAUAGCUCGCGGGAAUGAGUCAGUACUUUACUAGACAGCGCACACAGAAGUUAUAUCCGAGUCUUUCAAUAAUAUUUUUGCUCUUGCAAAUAUUCAGGUUCAAUUACCCAGGAUUCUAAAGCAGUCACGUGUGAAUUGUUAAUCACAUUUUCCCUUUGUGAAUUAUCAGUGUUGAAUUUAUCUUGAAAAAGAAGUUGGAAUGGCAAAGCCAGUGAGUUUCCCUAUAGAACAGUCUUCAGAGGAAGUAUCUGAGUCGCAGUAAUUUUUUUUCUUCAUAUUACAUCUUGCUUUUUUUGCAAGAAAUAAUAAUCCAGUGGUUAUAUAAUAGCGUUGAUUCCUAAUUAUUUUCUUGAAGUGAAGUGUGAAAUAUAAUUAAACAAAUUUUUGAAGAAAAACUCAAGAGAUUUUAGAAGAAAGAAAAUCUUCAGUUGAACUUUGUCCAAAGGAAUUUAAAAAAAAAACUUAAUCUUCCCGAGUGAUCGAAAUAGUUUCGAAAGUAAUUUUCUUCUUAAAGUGAAUUUUACUUUUAAAUAUAUUUUUGAACACACCCUUUUGAAGAAAGUGUAAUAUGUUUGAUAAAUUCGUCGCCCCUGUUGAAUCACAAAGUGGUGUUGCAUUGAAAGUCGUCGCUAAAAAAGUUGUGUUGAAAAAUCAUCAUUUGCAUCAUUUGAAAAGGCAAAUGUUUAUUGACAACGGUGGUAAAAAUCAGUUUAUGUUUGAGAACAUUAUUCAUUUUAAAAUUAUUUGUUGCUGUACGACGACCACGAAAAUGAUGUCCAACAAUAAAAUGAUGUUGAGAGGUGUACGCUCUCGACUCACUUGUUGGCGUUGUCGCUAAAGGCUUUAAGAUUUCCUUAGAACUUAACGGCGAAUUCAAUUCCCGUUUAAGAUGUCUUCCGUACAAGACGGAGCAAGCAGCAGCCCAUCAUGGCGAGAAUUUACUUUCCUCGGAAACAUUGAAACUCUCGACACAGAGUCUAAACAAUUCGACGACGGAGAUCCACCAGUACAGCUAUCAGAUCACGGACAAAUUUUUGCCUCUGGGGUCCAACAAUCAAACAAAUUACUUCGUGACACCAGAGCAGUACGAUUCAGUAAAUCCUUGGGAUCUGAUAGUCCCGAAAAGCGAAUUGAGAAGUUAUACACAAGAGGAGGAUUACUCAAAUAUUGGGACAACAGUAACAACAGAUUUGUCCAAUACGGCGGAUAUGGUCAUCAGUUCCGCCGACAAGCUCCAGCACCUAACAUUCAGUGCUCUGAAUUCAGUCAAUAUAGGUGAAGUGCUGAAUACACCAAUUGCCGAUUCAGAAACUGAGUUUAAUUUUACGUCGAUUUCGGGCGAGAGAUCGAUCAACAUUACAAAACCAUCUCAAAACACAAGGUCCUCAUUAGGACAUACAAACACACGUAGCAAGACAUCAUCAACACAGUUUUUAAGUAACAUCAAGAACAUCAGCAAAAUCAACAAUCAACAAAUGCUGUACGAGCAGCAGUCUCUGGCAAUGUCCCCGGAUCCAUGGGGAGAUUUCUUUGACCAUCCAAUGAUGGAGUUCACGGCUAUUUCACCGCUAAGCCCAGAGUCACCGAUGGGUUCGGCAGAUUCCCCGGUGAUGCCCCUGGGCACAACUACAGACUGCGAGAAUUCAUUCUCGUGGACUGUAGAUGGUGAGGAGGUUGCAAUGCCACUGUCCCAGUCAGAAGAAACAAUGUGUCUGGCAAAUGCUCAUCUUCACAUUAACCAACCAUAUAGAUCACCAAGUGAUCAUUCCUAUGCGAGUGAUGGACGAUUCAAGAUGCAUGAUGAUUCGUGCGAUGAUAUGGAUGAGGGUUCUCCAACAACAGUGGAGAAUCGUGUACUGUACAGAGAUACAAUGAUCAGUGAUGCUUCGAAGGUGAUUAGCUUUUUGGAUGAAGACACAAAUUUGGAGACAGUGAAGGAUUUCAAUGAGAUUUUGAUAAAGAAGGAAGUGGAACCAAUUGACGAUGACUACAGCCGUUCAGUAGAUGUUGAUUACAAACCACCAACAUACAGCCAAUUGAUGAAGCAAGCGAAUGAGUCUGUGGAACGGAUGGGUUGCCCAUCCACAGACACGGAUGAAUUUGAUUUGUGGAAGCCAGAACAAAAGAUUGACUUUAUAAAGCCAGAAAACAAAGCAAAAGUGACGAUAGUUGAAGCUGAAGUGUUAGAAUUGAUUGAGAAGAAGGUAGAACCGAAAACUCUAUCAGUUCGAAGUAAAUUGAAUAUAAAGAAGGAGAGCAGCAAGAUGAAACAUCAGAGGGGCGAUCUUCCUAAAUUGAGUCUCAACAUACCGCCGCCACCUCGUGUGCAAUCGGUUUUGGAGUUUGAGCAGAAAAAUCAACUCAAUACACCAGACAUUAUUGAGGAGACUCUCAACCUAGAGGGCGAUUUUGAUCUGAUUAAAUACAUCUGCAAUCAGGAUUUCGAUGUUGCACAGGGUAUUAUUGCCUCACCUGUGCCAUCCCCAAAGCCGAGUGAACUGCCCCCAGAGUCUCCAGUGGCAGAUGCUUCUCCACCACCCUCAGUACCUGCCUCCAACACAUGCAUGCCCAAGAGGAAACGUAGCAGCGUUAGCUUCUACGACAAUCCUGGGAGCGUGCAAUCCUACCAAUCGAGUGUGGAUGAGCCGCAACCCAAGAAGAAACGCGGACGUCCACCAAAGACCCAGAGCUCCCUGCCAAGUCCAUCACAGCUUGAGGGUCUCACGGAACAGGAUCUGCGGUACUGGGAGAUGCGGAAUAAGAACAACGAAGCAUCCAGGCGGUCGCGCUUGCACAGAAAGCAAAAGGAGCAGAGCAUGGAGGAGGAGGCAACAAUCCUAAUGCGGCAACAUCAUUACCUGCAAGCUAAGGAGGCACGUCUCAAAAGGAAGGUCGAAUGGUUAGAAAUUAAGUUGAAGGAAGCUAUUCAGUAAAAAAAAAUAUCCCAUUAAUACAUCCAGUAACAUUUUCCUCCUUAAUUAUUUUUUGUACAAAAAAAAAAACGUAGAAUGAGUUGACAAAUAAUUUUAUAAAACACAAAAAAAAAUUAUAUUCUAUCACAAAAUUGUGUCGUACAAUAUUUUUGUUUUAUAAUUUAAUAAAAAAUUAAAAAGAAAGUAAAAAAUAUAUAUUGCAUUUUUUAUAUGAGCAUUAUCUUACGCGUACCUUUUCUUAGAAUAUCUGUUUUCUUUGAAAGAAUAAUUCCCAUUAAAAGUAACCUCAAGUUGGUAUUUUAUGGUUCUUGAUGUAAACUGUGUAGAAGUAAAAAAAAAUUGUAGAAAAAAAAAUAAAAUAAAAAAUGUAGUGCCAACUACGAAAA